AUGUCAAGUUCACCUGCUGAAGACCCAAGUAUCUUAAAAGAAUCAUGGUAUCAUGGAUUUUUACCAAGAGAGGACAUGGCAUGUAUGUUAAAAGAGAGGGGUGAUUUUGUUGUCAGGUUUUCAGAACCAAUAGCUGGACAACAAAGAUGUUAUAUUAUAUCUGUAAUGACUAAAGUUGAUUUUGGAUUUGAAAUAAAACAUUUUGUAAUAAAAAGAUAUCAAGAAUGUUUUGCUGUUAAAAAAGAUAAUUUUCCAUCAAUAAAAAGUCUUAUUGAAUAUUAUGUUACAUCACAGGAAUCAAUUAGUACUGUUUUAGAUUCUAUUAUAAUUAUAAAUGGUAAAGAAAAAAAAGAAUGGGAAUUAAAUCAUGAUGAAAUAAAGUUAACAAAAAAAUUAGGUGAUGGUGCAUUUGGGGAGGUUAUGAAAGGUGAACUGAAACAAGAUAAUAUAUGUGUUCCAGUUGCUGUUAAAAAAUUAUCAAGCCUUGAAAAGAUGAGUAAAGAAAUGAUAAAAGAAAUUAUGCAUGAGGCAAGAUUAAUGAGAAAAUUUAAUCAUCCUAAUGUUACAAAAAUAUAUGGUGUUGCAACAGGAACAGAACCUUUAUAUAUUGUUAUGGAACUUGCUAAUGAAGGUGCACUUGAUAGUUAUCUUCAAAAAAAUGAAAUAUCAAUAGAUAAAAAAAUUAAAAUGUGUUGUGAUGCAGCAUUUGGAUUAGAAUACCUUCAUUCUAUUCCUGUUCUUCACCGUGAUAUUGCUGCAAGAAAUUGUUUAAUUGGAGAUGGGAAAGUUAAAAUAGCUGAUUUUGGUUUAACAAGAGAAGGAACUUAUAUUAAAAUAGAUGGUAAUGAAAAACUUCCAUUACGAUGGAUUUCACCAGAGACACUUAAAAAAUUUUAUUACACUAGAUAUUCAGAUGUAUUUUCAUAUGGAAUAUUAGUUUGGGAGAUAUAUAGUAAUGGAAAAAUUCCAUAUGAAGAUAUGAAUCCAACAAAAGCAGCAAUAAAAGUAGCUAAACAUGGGCAUCGCUUAUCAUUACCUGAUGACAUACCAUCUUCAUUCAAAGAUUUGAUAAAAAUAAAAUGUUGGGCUGAUAAAGAUAAUGAAAGAUGUACAAUGACUGAAAUUGUAGAUUUAUUAUGUAAAUUAACAAGUAAUGAAAGACCAUUUAAAGUUCCAGCAUUAGAUUAUAAUACAGGUGUAACAAAUAAAGCAAAAAAAUUUAUUGGUUCAAUGUUAGGAAGUAUUUUGAUGUAA